GAUUUCUUGCCUGCGAGAGGGACCAGAAAUAGUUGAACGAGCUAGAGCUCGCUAGCGGCGGUCCGUCAGCCAGGCCCAGAGAAAAAGCACUCGUCAGCCGGGAAGGUUAUCUGAUGGGGAACUGCGCGCCAUCGCGGCACGCCGGGGAGUCGUGGGCCGACGACGGCGAGUGGGAGGAGGCGUCGUCCACGUCCGAGGACGGCGACCACCACCACGCAUCGGAGGUGACGAUCAGGAUCACCAAGAGGCAGCUGCACGAGCUCAUGGAGAGGAAGACGCCCGGCGGCCGGGGUAGCAGCACCCGGCAGCUGCUGGCGGACAUCAUGGACUCCGGGGAGGUGCACCACCAUGACGUGCACCGGGAGGAGCACUGGAGGCCCGCGCUGCAGAGCAUUCCGGAGGCCGUCGAGUCGUGACGAGACUUGGUGGUGGCUACGUAUGUACGUACUUACGUACGCUGCCCCUGCCGAGCUCUCUGCGAAACAAAUUAAAGUUGCCAUUUCCCUCCUAGCCUCUUUUCUCUUUUCUCGUUCCCACGGUACGUUUCCAUGUCCUUGAAUGGAUGGCCAUGCGUCCAUGCAUAUACAAAGAUUGGAUUUGGAUAGUUCGUUCAAUUUGUCUCUGAUGUAUACAUAAGAUGUACGUCUAGGGAAAUACGUAUAAAAAAUUAUCACUGAUGUACAUAGGAUGUAGUUGUAGGGAAAUAACUGU